AGAUUCACCAACGGUUUGAGUUACAUUAGGAUUUUUUAUUCAGCUUUCCCCGGAGCAGCAGCAACCAACAAUGGCGGUUUCUCUCUCCUCGUCGUCGACGAUCACUCCCAUAACACUCCAGCCGAAGCUGAAACCGAUUCAUGCCAUAGGGACAGUAAACUUCGGUUAUUCGAUCAAUUCUCACGGUAUCUCUCUCCGGCGUAGCGCCGUGGUCGUGUCGGCCAUUACCGGCGCUUCAGGAACUGAAACUGCCGAUUUGCUGGAGACGGUGAAAGUCUCGGACUUGAGAGGAAACGAGAUUCCGAUCUCUGAUUUAUGGAAGGAUAGGAAAGCCGUUGUUGCGUUCGCUCGUCAUUUCGGAUGCGUGCUUUGUCGGAAACGAGCAGCUUAUCUUGCGGAAAAGAAGGAUGUGAUGGAUGCAUCUGGUGUUACGCUUGUUCUCAUCGGACCUGGAAGUAUCGAUCAGGCCAAAACUUUUGUGGAACAGACGAAAUUUGAAGGAGAGGUGUAUGCUGAUCCUAACCAUGCAUCUUACGAGGCGCUUAAGUUUGCUUCAGGGGUUUCGGUGACAUUUACACCCAAAGCUGCUAUGAAGAUAAUAGAGUCUUACAUGGAAGGAUACCGCCAAGACUGGAAACUCUCGUUUAUGAAAGAUACUGUUGAAAGAGGCGGCUGGCAACAAGGUGGAAUCUUAGUUGCUGGUCCUGGGAAAGAUAACAUCUCUUACAUCCGCAAGGACAAAGAAGCUGGAGAUGACCCGCCUGUUGAAGAGAUCCUAAAAGCGUGUUGCGCUUAAAAGGAAUCACAAGCAAAUCAUAAAAAGACAUCAUUGUUCUUAAUAGUAGAGUCAGUCUCUCCUCUCCUCCACAAUGAAUGAAAAUUCCAACUCAUUCGUUCAUAGGGGACAUAAACUUGAUAAUACUUCGUUCAAUAAAACGUGAUCUUUUUGUGUGUUUGUAAGAUACAAACCUUAAACAGAUGUAGUGUAUAUAUCUCUCAUUGUCGUCGA